AUGGUCUCCCUUGCCACGACUUCACGCAAAUCGGCGCGACAGGCCACACCUACGCUAUCUCGAUCCAAAAUGCUUCCGACUUCCUCCCCAGUCCCGAUUCUCAAAAGCUCAAAAGCUCCACCCGUGGUCACUGGCUCGAAACGCAAAAUGAGCGAAAUGGACCUUUCCCUCUCCCCUUCAUCGUCCCAGGCCGAUGACGCGACAGAAGACCUUCCUCCCACCAAGAAGCGACCCCGCGUGCAGUUCGAUCAAGAUGUGAUAAUACAUGACGUUGGCUCGUCGGAGAAGAGCCUGGCAGUCAUUCGGGAGGAGGUCCGCGGGGCUAUCCACCGGCAUGUCACAAUGUCAGAAAGCGAGGGCUACGACCGAAUCACGGGUAUUUUUUCAGCCGAUCCAACAAAACAAGGCGAUGACAGCUUGCUUGCAUACGAAUCACCAACGCACACGUCUUUAAGAAACCAUCUGCUCGGUCUAAUCUCACAUGUUGCCUCCUUGGACCGCUCUUGCAGCGGGUUGGUCCAUGCCAUCAUCAACAGUGAGUGGCUUGGACGGGACGACUCUUAUGUAAAGCUAUACACCCGGUUCCUGGGAAACCUGGCCGCCGCGCAGGGUACCUUCUUGGGCCCUGUCUUGAAGAUGCUGGCAACCAAUCUCGGGUCCAUCCCUCGAGGACUCGGUCGCUUGCCAGGCUACGCCGUUGUGUCACUAUCCGAAAUGCACACUCGCGUCCAUAUGGCAAUGCGUCAUGUGCUGCGACUCGUCCCGGCCGGUAGUGGAUCACUCUCCCAGAUCUUGUCCACCCAGUUUCCUAUCGACUCAGAUUUAGCCAGCGCGAACAUUGCCUACACCCGAAAUCUCAUCCAAAUCAUCACCUACGCCCCCGAGCUCCAGUCAGACAUCCUGGCUCUUAUCACUGAGAAGCUUGUCAAGGUCGAUGUUGAAAUUCAAGUUGAUAUGGAGGACUUCGAAGAUGAUGUCGGCGAUGAACUCCUGCAUCAGGCUGAUGAUGAGGAGAUUGAUGAUGAUGCCUCUUCGGUUGCUACUGAUGAAUCGGACGAUGACGACUCUAAGGGUGCUAAGAAAAUCAAAGACAACAUUCUUAAAGUGGAUGGGAUGAUUGAUAUCCUCUUUGAAUACUUUUCGCCCCCGUUCACCUCGGGCACCCUGGAUGACAAGGAAAACGCGCUGGAUCUCCUCCUCAGCCACUUCCAAACGAUCAUUCUUCCUACAUACCGAUCCCGACACUCCCAGUUCCUCUUGUUCCAUUUUUCCCAGGUCUCUCCCGUUCUCAUCGAUCGCUUCGCGUCUACAUUUGUCCAGCUUAUUUUCAACAAGCUGCAGCCUGGCAUCCUGCGCCAGUCAGCAGCCGCAUACCUGGCCAGCUUUGUUGCUCGUGGUGCUCACAUUUCUGGAGAAGUGGUCCGCGACGUCUUCGACCUCCUCCUUACACACCUCAACAGUCUGCGUAUGGAUUACGAGGACAGCUGCCGCGGUCCCGAUCUCCGCCGAUACGGGCCUUUCUACUCCACUGCACAAGCCCUGUUAUAUAUCUUUUGUUUCCGAUGGCGAGACCUGACAACCGCUGCCAUUGAUGGUGAUAACGCGGACCAGGUAGACGAGCUUGAGCCCGGCCAGAUCGCAUUCCCCCCCAACAUCAAAGAAUUCCUUCACAAAUGUAUCUAUUCGCGACUGAACCCACUUAAGGUCUGCUCCCCGGCCAUCGUCGCCGAGUUCGCCCGCAUUGCCCACCAUUUCCAAUUCCUAUACGUCUACCCUCUCCUGGAGACCAACAAGCGCAUUCGCGUCACUGCCUUUAGGAGCCUUUCUACUCUCUCAGACCCUCGCUUUAGCCAUGUCGGCCGCGAGAUCCGAGCUGGCGAUAACAGCGGCUAUCAACUGGAUGCAUACUUCCCCUUUGAUCCCUAUCAACUUCCUCGCAGCCGACGCUGGCUGGAAGGCGACUACGUCGAGUGGCGCGGUAUCCCUGGUCUUGACGAUGCGAGCGAGUCAGACAGCGAAGCCGACGAGUCCGACGAUGAAUCCGGUGAGGAUGUCACCGAGACUGAUGAUGAGUGA